GUUACCCAAAUCAUGAAAGCAUGAUGAGUUGCCAAGUCUUUUUAUUACACAAGUAUAAUUCUUUGUUCUCUGAAAGUCAUUGGGAUUCACAAAUGUUUAUCAAUUAUCAUGCAGAGAAAACCAACAAAGCUUAUUCAAUGUACUCAGUCUAAUGUUUUCUGCUGCAUUGUUCUUCGGGUUUUACAACUCCUCCUCGAUACUGCAAUACGUCGUCAUAGAACGAUCUGUCGUCUAUCGCGAAAAAUUCGCAAGAAUGUAUGCUCCUUGUUCUUAUGCACUUGCGCAGGUGUUGAUUGAGAUUCCUUACAUAUUCAUCCAAGUAAUUUCAUUUACAGCGAUUACGUAUCCAAUGGUUGGAUUUUACUGGACUGGAUACAAGGUUUUCUGGUACACUUACUCAAUGUUUUGUACAUUGUUGUAUCUCACUUACUUUGGAAUGUUGAUGGUCUCAGUGACCCCAAACUACCCCGUGGCUGCAAUUAUACUGACAGCGUUUUUCAAUGUGUUCUAUCUUUUUUCUGGAUUUUUGAUUCCUGAACCACAAAUCCCAACAUGGUGGAAAUGGUUAUACUAUUUGAAUCCUACAUCUUGGACUUUAAAAGGAAUGCUAGUCUCUCAAUAUGGAGAUAUUGUCCAAAACACUUUGGUGUUUGGUAAGAACAUCACAGUGACAGGGUUUUUGACAGAAUAUUUCACAUUUCAUCAUCACGAUUUACCAAUUAUAGCGAUAAUGCUAGUUUUAUACCCGAUUGUAUUUGCUUGGCUCUUUGUAUUUUUCAUUUCAAAGUUACACUUCCAAAAAAGAUAAUGUAAUUUUCUUUUUCUUUUUUUUCC